UCCGGCCUUUAGGUCAGUGUCGUUUUAAUAUUCGUUUGGUUCGUAGUGAGUUCGUUGUGUGGCUUCUGUCCUCUAUUUCUCAUCAAAAAAAAAAAUCUAUAGAACAAAAAUACAAAAAAUCUAGAGAAAUUUUUGAUUUGAUAAAUAAAAAAAAGAAAUAAAAUUUCAAUCGGGCAGUAAAAUAAAGCUAAAGCUCUUCAGUGACUACGCCAGAUACGCCAAAUAAGCAUAACGAAUCUCAAGUUUUAAAAUUUUGUCAUCGUGUCAAUAAUUGUCAAGCCGGCAAAUAUAUAUAUAUUAAAUUAUAUCUCUCUAUAUAUAUAUAGAUAAUCUCCCUCUCGAGCUGUAGAUAGAUUAGGGAAUAUUUCGAUAGACCCCCGACCUAAAAUCCAGACGAUACAACUCAAGCCCCGACUCUAUUUAUUUUUCAACUCAGCCCCGAUGGAAGCGUCGGGGCUUGAGUUGUACUACCGUCAGCAACUCCAGGUAGAAAUUACAAAUCACGAUGUGCAACAGCAGGCAGUACAACAAGACUAUCAACUAGAAGAACCACAACAACAACAGCAAUAUCAGGAAGUAGGACAACAAACUGAAGUGAGUAUUGAACGAGAAAUGCAAGGACUACAGGACUCCAUGGAUGGGGGAGAGAAUGAACCGGAGAAGUGCUGCUGGAUAUGUUUCGCCACCGAGGAGGAUAAUCGUCUGGCCGAAUGGGUGAAGCCGUGCCAGUGCCGUGGCACCACCAAAUGGGUGCAUCAGAGUUGCCUCUAUCGGUGGAUCGAUGAGAAGCAGAAGGGCAAUCAUCGCCGGUCGGUCAUCUGUCAGCAGUGCCAGACGGAGUAUAUUAUUGUUUUUCCGGAAGUUGGUCGGUUUGCCGGACUGCUCGAAUGGAUCGAUUUUUCGGUGAGGAAGACUAGUCCAUAUCUGGCAGCUGGUAUCUUCAUGGGAUCCAUCUACUGGACAGCCAUAACUUAUGGAGCGAUUACUGUGGUGCAGGUCAUGGGACAGAAACGCGGCCUGGAACUCAUGGAGAACGGUGAUCCUUUCAUAUUGCUUGUGGGUCUGCCCGUUAUACCAGUGGCUCUGGUUCUCUCCCGUCUCAUUCGGUGGGAGGACGCUGUCCUGCGUGUCCUUCGCAGUCGCUACAAUAUACUGCGCAAGUUGCCGUUCUUCAGCUGGAUCAUGGAGCCGGAUGAUUCCCGUCGUGGAUCGAGCGGUAGCUCUAACAGUCUACCGCCACUGCCACCCACUCCGGCCGUAUCCGAGCCCCUCUACAUCUCUAGAUUGUUCUGCGGGGCCAUACUGCUGCCCACAUUUGCCACCGUGACUGGAAAUCUAUUCUUUAAAGGCCUGGAGGAUCCGCUACAGCGCACUUUGGUCGGCGGAGUGGCCUACAUCGGACUCAAGGGUCUUCUGAAGAUCUAUCUACGCCAGAAGCUCUAUAUUCGCCGUCGUCGCCGCCGCAUCGUCGACUAUACUGAUGAGAAUGUCAGGAUCUAUAUGGGCGGCGAAAUACGAGAGGCUCCGCCCGUUCAGGACCCACGGGCCCCACCCAAUCAUCAAAAUCCAAACCAGAAUCGUGGCAAUCCCAGGCAGAAUGCUGGCCGUGAUCAAAAUCUGGAUCGAUAUGCCAUUUCCGGUUCCAGUUCAUCGAACACUUCCGACGGCGAUAGUCUAACCACAUCCGAAGCCGACGACGAAACCGAGACCGAUAAUGGCGAAAUCGGUAUUCAUGAAAAUCAACCCAUCGACUAUCGGGUUCACUAUUUAAAUGCCGAUGUUCAUUUCUAUUCGGUGCUCUUCUAUCCAGAGCAGAUAUUGGCGGGGGAGAUCGAUAUGGAACUGGAUUAGUAGAUGGCCUUGAUAUUGGGUUAAGCAACUCGCCUGGUAUAAGCACUGUAAAAUUAUUAAGUGGAUCAUCAAUUGGUUGGGAGAACAACUUUUAAUUUGUAUUUUUCGAGCCGUAA